GGAGCCAAAACGUUGAUUUAUUAUUUGUAUUAUUUAAUCAUUUAAUGUAUGUAAUGGAGUAUAAUUGAUUGGUGUCAAGUGAUCAUGAUCCGCAGCCACGGCUGGGCGGAGCGGCUGAUUGGUGCUGCGAUUGCCUCAGCUGGUUAAAAGAAUCCUGCUGAUGAUACUCUGUGUUCUAGUUUGGUUGUGAAGCCACACGGUUUUUUGACCGCUGCAUUGCACUGCAGAGAAGGAUAACUUGGAAAUAAAUAUACCAAAAGAAAGGUGACUCUGAGUGAUGUGUGAGCGCGUCGGCCAGGCGCUAAAACCAAAGAACAAAAGGAGCUUAAGAAAGGUGGAAAGAAGGCUCUUUUAUUCGUCAAAAAACCCAGCUUGAUGAGCGCUGGUCCGUGGAAACGUAUGUUUUGAAAACAAGAACUCAUAACAGCGUGUCAAAUACUCGCCUUCGUUUUACUACGGAUUCUACUUCCUAGAACGACGGUGUUGUGAAACGUGAAUGACUGAAGGCAACAAUCACUCCUCCCCCAACUACAUCUGUAACGCGUCACUGCUGUGGAGCGUUCAAAGACUGUUGGAAACGUCUCAACUCAAGGCAAGACAAUGAAAGUCCACAAACAAUGAAGUAAAAUUCAAAAGGAAUAAACGUGUUGUCUUGAACAAAAAUGGCAGACUUGGAAAGCUUGGAAAGUGACAUUGACUGUGUGUAUAUGGAAAGGCUCAAACGACUGAAAUCAUCAAGGAGUGCAAAAUUGGGUGCAUUGACAAGGAAAAUAAAUGAAAUCAGACAAUUAAUGGAAAAUGUCUGCAAUGUGGAACUGGUUAAGUCGAAAAGGGAAAGUGAGUUUACACAACUACACAAAGAAAUGGAACAGUUAAAUGAUUCUGUUCAAGCUUUAAUGUCCACUGAGGAGGAGAAAGAAAUGGAUCAGGAUGAGUGGUAUAACCCCAAAGCAGCUGCCUUGGAAGAGUUUAAUCAGGAGGUCUUAAACUGGAUCGCUGAUGCUCCUGUGUCCAAUGUUGUCCAGACAAAAAUAAAAGGACAUACGAGUGUUGCACCUCGGGACAGUAUUUCAAACGUAAAGAGUGUUCAUUCACAAAGUUCAAGGAGAUCCUCUCGGUCUUCUAUCACAUCUGCUAAAAUAAAGUUGGAAAAUAGAAAUGCAGAAUUGUUAGCACGAGCUGCUAGGCUGACUCAGAAGCAAGCACUGGAAAGGGAGGAAGCCGGUUUGAAGGAAAGAAAGGAACAGCUGGAACUUGAAACAGAUAUUGCAGCAAACACUGCAAAAUUAAGUGUAAUCAAAGGAAUGGAGGAUUCUCAUGAAGGCAUGUACCAAGCAGGAGACAGAAUGAAUGAAUAUUUGGAUCACUCACUGUUUGUGAGUACAGCAUUAGAGCAAGAAAAUGCUCAUUUGAAUGCUAACAAGCAUACACCAAACAUCAAUAAAACUGCAAAUGCCGUUAAUAGUGAAACACAAUUCAUACCACAACGUCCUGAAAGUUCAACUUCAUCCAGCACGUCUUCUAGCAAGGGAGAGGGCAAUAUGAACGGCUUAAUAAGCAUCAUGGAAAAACAGACCAUAAUAACAGAAACAAUGGUAAAGCAGCAGAAACUUUCUUCAUUACCCCCGCUCAGCAUUCCUACCUUCAACGGAAACCCUUUGGACUAUCGGUCCUUCAUAAGAGCAUUUGAGCAUGGUAUUGAAGAGAAAACAGAAAUCAGUAAGGACAGGCUUUACUUCUUGGAGCAAUGCACUAUUAGCCAACCAAGAGAGCUUGUGCGCAGUUGCCAAUAUAUGCAAUCUGACAAAGGAUACACGGAAGCAAAAAGGUUGUUGAAGCAUCAUUAUGGAGAUGAAUAUCUUAUCGCGACAGCCUACAUCGACAAGGCUCUCAAUUGGCCAUCUAUUAAACCUGAGGAUCCACAAGCUUUAAAAACCUUUGCUGUGUUUCUGAAUGGAUGUCUCAAUACAAUGGAUAGUGUGGAAUACAUGGAGGAAAUGGAUCACCCAAUCAACAUGCGAGCUGUUCUUUCUAAACUCCCAUAUAAGCUUAGAGAAAACUGGAGAGCUAAAGCUUGUAACAUACAAGAUGGAAACAACAGAAGAGUUAAGUUUGAAGAUCUAGUGAAGUUUGUCGACCAUCAUGCUAGAAUCCUUUCUCAUCCAGUGUUCGGAAACUUAAAGGAAAUUCCAAAUACAUCAGCAAAGACAAGCUACACAUUCGUUCCUGCUACUCCCAGCGCAAGGUUCAAACCGAGAUCUCCAGAGUUAUAUAAAAGUGGUUUUGCCACUAGUGUAUCCCCAUUACCUCAGAAAGAAAACUGUAACCGACACAGUGACACAUCCCAAUCAAACCGAUGCAUCUACUGUAAAGGAGAACACCAUCUUUCUGCUUGCAAUCAGAUUCUCAAAAACACCCACAAAGAGAAGUUGGAAUUCCUCAGAAGCAAAGGACUUUGCUUUGGAUGUUUAGAAAAGGGCCACAUGAGUAAAGGAUGCAAACAAAGACAUACCUGCAAAGAGUGCAAUCUCACACACCCCACUCUGUUGCAUUUCAGUAAUAUCGAGUCGGGCAAAGGAAAGGUAAAGACUGUUGCAAAUGCUUUAGUGGAUAUGGAUAAAGAUGAUUCACGGGAGGAGGAUAUUGGGGCCGGUGAGCCUGAAGGCACCCUGGCUAUCGUUCCUGUGAAGGUGAAAACAAAACAGGGUAAUACCAUCAUAACAACAUACGCCUUUCUGGACCCAGGUAGUACGGCUACCUUUUGCACAGAGUCCAUUCUACAGCAGCUUCAAGUGACUGGACGCAACACGAAGAUACUCUUACGAACAAUGAAUAAAGAGGAGUCAGUUAAAACAUCUGUUGCAUGUGACCUUGAAAUAUGUGGUCUAGAAAGUAACCAGUAUGUAGCACUUCCACCUGUUUAUUCACAAAACAAAAUACCAGUACGAAAGGCAAAUAUUCCCUCUCAGGAGGAUGUGGGACAAUGGGAAUACCUGAAAGAGGUCAAUAUACCACAAAUUGAUGCAGAGGUUGGCUUGCUAAUUGGGUGCAACGUGCCAAAAGCUCUAGAGCCAUGCAAAGUCAUAAACAGCCAAGGGAAUGGCCCGUACGCUGUUAAGACCAUUUUAGGUUGGACAAUAAAUGGACCUCUAGGAAGGUCAGAUACGACUCGUUGGAUUAAGCCAGUCGUUACAGCAAACAGAAUUUCUGUUGUGGAAAUCGAGGAAUUGUUGAAGCAGCAAGUGAAGCUGGACUUUCCAGAACAUCAACACAAGGAGCGUCUGGAAAUGUCAAGAGAGGAUCACAAGUUCAUGGAAAGUGUCUCUAAUUCUGUCAAGUUAGUAGACGGACACUACAGUAUUGGACUGCCAUUAAAGGAAAAAGGACUUGAUUUUCCCAAUAAUAGACGUGUUGCUGAACAAAAAGACAAGGCAAAUCAAAGCAAAAGGAGCUGGUAUAUUCCACACCACGGCGUGUACCAUCCAAAAAAGCGUAAACUGAGGGUGGUUUUUGAUUGCGGUGCAACUUACCAGGGCACAUCUCUGAAUGCACGUCUUCUCCAAGGCCCAGAUUUAACCAACAGUCUUAUUGGUGUCCUUACAAGAUUCCGGCAGAAGAACAUUGCAUUCAUGGCAGAUAUUGAAGCCAUGUUCCAUCAGGUCAAGGUGCCAGAGGAAGACUCAGAUCUUCUCACAUUCUUGUGGUGGCCCGAUGGAGAUCUCAGUAGUGAGCUAGAAGAGUACCAAAUGGUUGUACACAUCUUUGGAGCAACAUCCUCGCCUAGUUGUGCCAACUUUGCCCUACAACAGUGUGCAAGAGACAAUGUGGAUGACUUUAGCCCAGAGGCUGUCUCUUCGAUGCUAAGAAAUUUGUAUGUGGACGAUUGCCUAAAAUCAAUGGAAGACGAGAGGAAGGCAGUGAUAAUCGCUCACGAACUUAAAACCCUGUGCAGUAAGGGUGGUUUCAAGUUAAACAAAUGGGUAAGCAACAGCAGAGCUCUACUACAAACAAUACCUGAGGAAAGUAGAUCAAAGGAAAUCAAGGAUCUGGAUCUGGAUAAAAGUACCCUACCUGUUGAAAGAGCUCUCGGAGUUCAGUGGUGCACGGAAACUGACUCAUUCCAUUUCAAAUUUACUCCUCAGGAUAAACCACUUACCAGGAGAGGUAUUCUGUCAGUAGUGAGCUCUAUAUUUGAUCCGCUGGGUAUGUUGUCCCCUGUGAUCCUCCCUGCAAAGCAAAUCUUGCAAACAUUAACAGGAAUAAGGCUAGGAUGGGACGAAAAUAUUCCUGAAGAAUGUAAGGAACAGUGGUUGAGCUGGCUACACCACUUGCAAUUACUGAGAGACUUCAAAGUCAAAAGAUGCAUCACACCACUCAACUUUGGAGAUCCAGUCUCAGCUCAGCUUCACCACUUUGGAGAUGCUAGUGAAAGUGGUUACGGAACAGUAUCUUACCUUCGCCUGAUGAACAAAGCAAACGCAGUUCAUUGUUCCUUUAUCAUGGGUAAGGCCAGAGUAGUUCCACUCAAACCUGUGACCAUCCCAAGAAUGGAGCUUACCGCUGCCACUGUAGCCGUCCGGAUGGACCGAAUGUUACAGGAAGAGUUGGAGCUUAAACUCCAGCCAUCCGUGUUUUGGACUGACAGCACAUCUGUGUUGAAGUACAUACAAAAUGAAACUACAAGAUUCCACACCUUCGUCGCCAACAGAGUCGCAGUCAUUCGAUCUGCUUCAGAGACUUCCCAAUGGAGGUAUGUUAAUGGUUGCCUGAAUCCAGCUGACUGUGUAUCAAGGGGAAUCUCUGUAAGUCGCUUUCUGAGAGAUGAAACCUGGUUAAGGGGACCAGAGUUCCUUAGUCUCCCUGAGCAUCAGUGGCCUAAAUCUCCAGAUUUGACUCUAACAGCCAGCGACCCUGAAGUCAAAGUUUUUGCCGUAAGUCUCAACCCCAUGGAAGAAAGCUCUAGUACAGUGAACAAGUUGCUCACUUACUAUUCCCACUGGCAUCGCCUGAAAAAAGCUGUGGCCUGGAUGCUACGCAUAAAAUCCGCUCUGAUGGCGAGGGCAAAAAUGGAUUUGAAGGAAAAGAGAGCAAAACAUGAAAAAGGACCUCUCACUGUUGAAAACUUGGAGGAAGCGGAAGCUGCCAUAAUUCAGUUUUGUCAGUCCGCUUCAUUUAAGGAUGAGAUAACUGCGCUAAAGAAAGGACUUGCAGUCAAAAGGAGCAGUCAUCUUCACAAACUGGCACCCAUUCUGCAGAACAACUUGGUAAAAGUUGGCGGAAGGUUAUCGAAAUCCGCAAUGCCAGCCGAAGCCAAAAGCCCAAUUAUCUUACCUGCAAACAAUCAUGUGACUCAACUCCUCAUCAGACAUGUCCAUGAGAACAUAGGGCACAGUGGAAGGAGUCCUACUCUGUCAGGUUUAAGGCAGAAAUAUUGGAUUCCUGGAGGAAAUUCUGCAAUCCGAAAAAUCCUCUCUAAAUGUGUAACCUGCAGGAAACUCAGUGGUGUAAAAAGUCAGCAAUUCAUGGCAGACUUGCCGGAAGAAAGAGUUACCCCUGAUGAUCCGCCCUUCACAAACGUGGGCGUGGAUUUCUUUGGCCCAUUUGAGUUGAAACAGAGAAGAGCCACAGUUAAAAGAUACGGUGUAAUUUUUACCUGUCUAAACAUCAGAGCAGUUCACCUUGAACUUGCACACAGUCUCAACACUGACUCUUGCAUUAAUGCCAUCAGGAGAUUUAUUGCAAGAAGAGGCCCUGUCAAGGUCAUGAGGUCAGACAACGGAACCAAUUUGGUUAGAGCUGAACGUGAACUAAAAGAAGCAAUACAAGAGUUAAACCACACACAAAUCCAGAACAAGCUUCUUAAAGGGGAAGUAAAGUGGAUAUUUAACCCACCAGCAGGCUCCCACCACGGAGGAAUCUGGGAAAGACAAAUCAGAACCGUCAGACGCAUUCUCAGUGCCCUCACGCAAGAACAGAAGCUUGACGAGGAAGGACUUGCCACACUUUUCUGCGAAGUGGAGGCGAUCAUAAAUGAUCGACCCAUAACGACUGUUUCCAACGACCCUGGAGAUUUAGAGCCCCUCACUCCAAAUCACUUUUUGCUGCUCAAAUCAAAACCAUUUCUUCCGCCUGGUGUCUUCAAUCCGAGCGACUGCCACGGGAAGAGAAGAUGGCGCCAAAUUCAGUACAUGGCCAACUUAUUUUGGAAGCGAUGGACCAAGGAAUACCUACCGGAACUCCAAAUAAGGCAAAAGUGGAACAGGAAAAGGAGGAAUUUCGCAACAGGGGACAUUGUCCUUAUCGUCGACGAAAAUGCUCCAAGAAAUUCCUGGCUCAUGGGACGAAUAACGCAAGUCUUGCCAGACUCGAGAGGUUUUGUACGACAAGUGGAAGUACAGACAAAAACCAGCACACUCCGUCGACCCAUCACAAAGCUGUUACUGCUGGUCGAGUCCCAAAAUGAGCUCUAGCCCCCUUCCCCUCUUGCACCACACAAGCACAUUUACACACACGGACUCAUGUGUUAAUACACAUUCGCCCUACAAAGGGUCAGAAGCCCUGAACAAAUGUUUUGUAUUGGCUCUCCAUUUUAUGUUUAUUAGUAAUUGUCAUGUGUGAUUCCAUAACAAUUAGGGGCCGGAGUGUAGGAGCCAAAACGUUGAUUUAUUAUUUGUAUUAUUUAAUCAUUUAAUGUAUGUAAUGGAGUAUAAUUGAUUGGUGUCAAGUGAUCAUGAUCCGCAGCCACGGCUGGGCGGAGCGGCUGAUUGGUGCUGCGAUUGCCUCAGCUGGUUAAAAGAAUCCUGCUGAUGAUACUCUGUGUUCUAGUUUGGUUGUGAAGCCACACGGUUUUUUGACCGCUGCAUUGCACUGCAGAGAAGGAUAACUUGGAAAUAAAUAUACCAAAAGAAA